ACAAACAGGAGGCAGGGCUUGCGUCAAUAAAACCUGACACUCACUUAAGUGUCAUUAUCACUAUUCAGUCAGCUUGCAUAGAGGCAAUUCAUACACGUGUUCACCAUGUUUGUCUCCUUCUUUCUUCUGUGGCUUCUCAUUUGCUUUUUUAUCAUUCAAUUCAAAACUCGGAGGCCAAAAAACUUUCCUCCUGGACCCACUACAUUGCCGGUAUUAGGAAACCUGCACAAUUUGAGUUUGGACAAUCCCCUGCAAGAUUUUGAGAGGCUGCGUAGGAAAUAUGGAAAUGUCUACAGUCUGUACCUCGGAUCUAAACCAAUGGUGAUGCUUUGUGGGGUGCAAGCCAUAAAGGAGGCUCUGGUAAAUAAAGCUGUAGAAUUUGCCGGAAGACCGCAGGACAUGUAUGUCAAUAUUACAACUGAGAACAAAGGAGUUAUUCUGGCUGAUUAUGGCCCAAGAUGGAAGGAGCAUCGACGUUUUGCACUUAUGACACUAAGGAACUUUGGUCUUGGAAAGCAGUCAAUGGAGGAGAGAAUUCUGGGAGAAUUACAGCACACAUCUGCAGACUUAGAAAGAAGUAUUGGUUCAACUCUGAGUCCUCAGGUGAUGUUCCACAAUGCUUCAUCCAACAUCAUCUGUCAGGUCCUGUUUGGGAUGCGCUUUGACUACAAUGACUGGAGUAUGAAGGAGAUCGUUCGCUGUUUCACUGAGAAUGCCAAGUUAGCCAAUGGACCCUGGGCUAUGUUGUAUGACUCAAUUCCUUGGAUUCGUCACUUGCCACUUCCCUUCAACAAAGCAUUCACAAAUAUAGCAAUUUGCCAGGGUAUUGCUAUUCCUUGGAUUACUGACCAUAAGAAUACUAGAGUUCAAGGGCAACCUCGGGACUUUGUGGACUCCUACCUGGAUGAAGUGGAAAAGAGAAGAAAGGAUCCAGACUCGACUCUUUCUGAAGACGUCCUCUCCAUGUACUCCUUGGAUCUUCACUUCGCUGGAACUGACACGACCUCCAACACCCUGCUGACUGGCUUUCUUUAUCUCAUGACUAACCCAGACAUUCAGGAGCGGUGCCAGGAAGAGAUAGACAGAGUUUUGGAGGGGAAAGAAAAAGCCUGUUUUGAGGACAGACACAACAUGCCUUAUGUACAGGCUGUGAUCCAUGAAAUGCAAAGAGUAGCCAACACCGUCCCACUCAGUGUUUUCCACAACACAACUAAAGACACAGAGCUCAUGGGAUACACUAUUCCCAAAGGUACUAUGAUCAUCCCUAACCUGUCAUCUGCUCUGAGUGAGGAGGGUCAGUGGAAGUUUCCUCAUGGCUUUCAUCCUGAGAACUUCCUCAAUGAUCAGGGAGAGUUUGUGAAGCCAGAGGCCUUCUUGCCCUUCUCUGCAGGUCCUCGGAUGUGUCUGGGGGAGGGUUUGGCUCGAAUGGAGCUCUUUCUUAUCACAGUGACGUUGCUCAGAAAGUUUAAGUUCAUCUGGCCGGAGGACGCAGGAGAGCCUGACUACACUCCUGUUUAUGGAGUCACACUCACCCCAAAACCAUACCUCAUGAAGGUGCAGCUCCGGGAAACGCACUGAGGAACCCCAGGCCAGACUGGGACCAAAAAACAGCCCUGGACCCCCACAAAUCGGCCUACUAGUACAAAUUACCAGUCUGGAGGAACCCACACUUAGCGCUUCUCAAUGUUUUGAGUGUCUGUAGUUUUAGUUUAUUGGUUUAUUUUAACAGGGACCAUGUGCAAACACAUUUAUCUCAUAAAAGAUGAGAUGCUUUACACCAGAUUAAGCUAAUUUCCAUUUGCAGUCCCCGGGUGUAUAUAAUUAUUGCUUUCAUUGAUUAAAUUACCAUGAGUGCCAUUAGUUGAUGAUGUUGUAUAAACAUUUUCUUUGCUUUUACAAUACUUGUUUUUUGCAGUACCCUCUAACAAUAUAUAUGUAAAGUGAUGUAUUGACUGAAUUUUGUAUUGAUGUUUUGUUGUCUUGGUCAAGACUCUCAGAA